AAUGACCGUUAAAAAAGCGUGUCUUGAUAUUUAAAAUAGAGUUCGCGCAGUCCAAGAGCUAUAAAAGCAGCCGGAGAGAUGGAAUCGGCAUCAGUUCCGAUCCUGAAGUUACAAGCAUCACUCAAUAAACAAACAUGAAGGUCGCUGUGAUUGUCCUCGUCCUUGUGGCCUGCGUUUGCGCCAAACCUUACACCACCAAGUACGACAAUGUCGACUUGGAUCAGAUCCUCAGGAGCGAUCGUCUUCUCAAAAACUACGUGAACUGUCUUCUUGAAAUUGGUAACUGCACCCCCGAUGGCAAGGAACUCAAGACUUCCCUGCCCGACGCUCUUGCCAACGACUGCAAAUCUUGCAAUAUGAAGCAGAGGGACGGUAGCGAGAAAGUGAUCCGUCACCUGGUCAACGAGCGGCCAGACAUGUGGGCUAAACUCGCCGCCAAGUACGACCCUAAUAAUCAGUACCAGCGUAAAUACAAGAACACUGCUGCCAACGCUGGAAUCAAAGUGUAAACAAAUACAUCAGAGAGAGAGAGAGCGAGAGAGAGAGAGAGAGAGAAUUCAACGCGUUGAUUAGUUGGGAUAGUUAGUGCUUAAUUGAAUUGUGAAGUUUAUAAAAUGUUUUGUGAGAAUAAAGUAUUGUUAUAACAAAUGCAA